AUGGCACAGCAAGGAACCCAGUCUGACCAGGAGAAACACUGUUUGAUGUGUUUUGAGCUAUUAGAGGAUCUGGUGGCUAUUCCCUGUGGGCACAGCUACUGCACAAGCUGUAUUAAAAGCCUCUGUGAUGAAGACACAACUGACAGCUGUCCUCAGUGCAGACAGGUCCUCAUGCCGAGGCCUGUCCUGGAGGGAAACACCAUGUUAAUAGAUUUAAAGAAGACAGGAAGCCAAGCUGCUCCAGGACCUGCAGAUAAACUACAGGAGAGUCUUAAUGAACAGAUGUUACCAACUGACACUUUACAACCAGAAGAAGAAGAGCCCAAAACCAGGGCUGACUUCUUAAAAUACUCCUGUGAAAUAACACUGGAUCCAAACACAGCAAACGCACAUCUGAUGUUGUCUGAGGGGAACCGAAAAGCAACAAACAUGGAAGAAGAUCAGGUAUAUCCCAGUCACCCGGACCGAUUCGUGGACGGGCCUCUGGUCCUGAGUAAAGAGAGUUUAACCGGACGCCGUUACUGGGAGGUGGAGAGGAGCGGAGCUGUUUCUGUUGCCAUUUCAUACAAAGAUGUCAGCAGAACGGGAACUGAAAGUAUCUUUGGAUGCAAUUACAAGUCUUGGGCUUUGGAUUGUUUCGACAGCCGUUAUAUAGUCAGACACAUGUACAUCCAUGCUGCCAAACCCCACCCUAUGUCCUCCAGAGUGGGAGUGUACCUGGACCACAGGGCAGGUAUUCUGUCCUUCUACAGCGUCUCUGAAACCAUGACCCUCCUCCACAGAUACCAGACCACGUUCACUCAGCCGCUCCAUGCUGGACUUUGGGUUCAUGGGCAUAAAUCUGCUGCCGUGUUGUGCUGUGAAGCCUCAUGUUGA